CUUUUGGCAAGAAAGAAAUAACUUCUCCCGGAACCAACAAAACCAGAAGUGAUAUAUGUACCGCAAGAAAGAAUAUCCUAAAGAAGUAGCAUCAGCAGCAUUCAAGCGUAACUCGAACCAGAAUAUUCCAGGAAUUUGCUGCUGCGGAAUGUCGAACAGCGAAGAGCAGGUGGAGGACGCGGGCGCCAAUGGAGGAGACUCGUUCCGCGAAGUGAAGCGGCGGUUCAAGGACAGAUCGAAGGUGCGCGAAGCUUGGAAAGUGGCCCGGACGAAGGAGAUGACGAAGCAGAUGAUCUCCAAGCAAGCCGAGAGGAUCGCUCAGCGAGCCGAGGAGCACGAGCGAUUCAUUAACAAGGUGACGCAUCUAUUAGGUGUCCUCGGGUUUGGUGGGUUUUGCUACCUGCUUGGAGCCAGACCACAAGAUGUUCCUUACGUAUACUGUCUGUUCUAUGUGAUUUUUGUCCCCCUCCGGUGGAUAUACUAUCGGUUCAAGAAAUGGCAUUACUACCUAUUGGACUUCUGCUACUAUGCCAACACUAUCUUCUUGGUCGAUCUUCUUCUAUAUCCGAAAAAUGAAAAGCUUUUUAUGGUUUGCUUCUCGUUUGCCGAGGGACCACUGGCAUGGGCAUUGAUUGUCUGGCGUUGUAGCUUGGUGUUUAGUUCAGUUGAUAAAAUUGUUAGUGUGCUCAUUCACCUUUUACCAGGAUUAGUUUUUUUUACCAUAAGAUGGUGGAAUCCCGCCACAUUUGCUGCCAUGCAUCCUGAAGGAACAGCACGAAGAGUCUCGUGGCCGUACGUGGAAGACAAGUCCUAUCUCUGGACUUGGCUGUUUCUGGUUCCCUUAGUUGCUUAUACUCUUUGGCAGGUUCUCUAUUUUCUCAUAGUGAAUGUUCUACGUCGACAAAGACUGUUGAGAGAUCCUGAAGUUAUGACUUCUUAUAGGGAACUGUCUAAGAAGGCACAGAAAGCAAACAACAUAUGGUGGCGUUUGAGUGGCUUACUAGGGGAUAACAACCGGCUUCUCAUGUACACUCUGCUUCAAGGAAUAUUUACCGUGGCGACCAUGGCGCUCGCUGUCCCCAUCUUUUUGUCUUAUAGACUGCACGUGGUCUUCCAAAUACUAAAGGUGUCUGCAACAAUUUGGAACGGCGGAAGCUUCCUCUUGGAGGUUAUGCCAAGGCAGGUCAUUCUCAAGGAGAAGAAGAAAACGGAGACGCGACAAGGACAAAACGAGCAGGAACAAGCCCCCGUUGCAAAGGACAAUCCUCCCAGCACAGUUAACUGCACCGAAACGCACCAAUCGUAGUGCACAUCGGUAAACCUCGAGACUCGAAUCUUCAUCACUUGUAGAACUUCCAUCGUGGCGAUGUGUCAGCUGCCCGAUGGUUGCGAGCAUGUUAAGCUCGCCCAGCAAUGCUGAUUUGUUCCGGCUAGUCCAAGGUUGCAUCCUUUACUGAUUCCUUUCUUUUAGAGAGUUUCUUAUUCACUGGAGUGUAAGAGAAGGUUAUCAUGGAGGUGAAUUCCAAGUUUUGUCGCCAAGGUUUGGACGUGAAUGUCCUCUAAGCUUCAGAAAAAAGCCGGGACAUAUGUUGAAUUGUGUGAGUAGCCUAGAAAAGAAAUUAAUCAAGAUGUUGUCAAGCUUUUGCUCGUAUUAGUAGAGUUAGUAGAAAGCAAAUCAAUUGCCUGUUUA